AUGGGCCGUUGUUCGAAAACCGUUUACGAAACAGUUAUGGYUGUUUGUAACAACGGUUCKGCCACUGGUCCACAUCUUCUUUCUCCAACAGGGGGUGACCUUGGGAGUCAUGGCAAAGAGGGUGCAAUUUUUGCAGGAUAUCAUUAUGACCUUAACUUUCUAACAAUUCAUUACAGAAGUAAAUUCCCUGGUCUAUACAUUUGGCUAAGGAAUGGGAAGAAAGUAGAAGUGAAGGUUCCAGAAGGGUGUCURCUURUUCAGACWGGAAAGCAGUUAGAAUGGGUGACUGCCGGAGACUGUAUGGCUGGUUUGCAUGAAGUUGUGGUAACUAAAAAAACAAUCGAAGCAAUUAAAGUAGCACAAGAAGAAAAGCGAAGCCUUUGGAGAGUAUCCUCAACAUUGUUUUCAGUUGUAGCAUCUGAUGCUGUGAUGAAGCCUCUGGGGCAUUUUUCACAAUCGCCUCUUGCUGAUAAGUACCCGGCCGUUUAUGCUGGAGAAUAUUUCCAGGAAGAACUUGCUGUUAUUAAACUAAAUGAAAGAGGGGGAGAUCAACAUUAG